ACCAGCAGAAAGCGCCUGGUCCUGACAAACUGCUGCUUCAGUCACCAUGUCCCUGCACUGUCGGCUCAUUCUGGUGGUUGUCAUCGCUGUGACCUCAGCCGUCGAUCCUGGGGUAAAGGUCAAGCUAACAGCAAAAGGCCUUGAAUAUGGCAGACAACUGGGCAUGGCUUCAAUCGAGCAGAAACUCAAGGCUAUCAAAGUCCCAGAUAUUUCAGGGAAGCAGAAAGUGUCUCCCAUCGGCAAAGUCGAGUACAGCUUGUCACAGAUGAAAAUAGUGAAAGUGGGAUUACCCAAGUCUGCAGUGGAUCUUGUGCCGGGGACUGGCGUCAAACUGUCCAUCGCUAACGCCUUCAUCAGUCUGCAUGGAAACUGGAGGGUCAAGUUUCUCCGGAUAAUAAAGGACAGUGGCUCAUUUGACCUGAAUGUGAACGGACUCACUAUCACUACAAGCAUCGCCAUCAAGAGGGACGAGACAGGCCGGCCGACAGUCAGCGUUGUCUCCUGUGCGGCCACUGUGGGCAGCGCCAGCAUCAAAUUCCACGGAGGAGCCAGUUGGCUGUACAAUCUUUUCAAGAACUUCAUCGAUAAGGCUUUGAGAAAUGCAAUGCAGAAACAGAUCUGCCCUCUGGUGGCUGAUGCAGUAACUGAUUUGAACCCUCAUUUGAAAACACUCAAUGUUGUAGCCAAGGUGGACAAGUAUGCAGAGAUCGAAUACUCCAUGGUGUCAUCGCCCACAGUUUCACAGGCUUCAAUAGACUUGAGCUUGAAGGGUGAGUUUUACAACAUAGGGAAGCAUCAGGAGGCUCCGUUCUCCCCCACAGCCUUUUCCCUGCCUCCCCAGAACAACAACAUGUUGUACAUAGGCAUGUCUGCCUACUCUGUCAACUCUGCUGCCUUCGUCUACAACAAAGCUGGAGCCCUCAGCCUGUACAUCACUGACGACAUGAUCCCGAAAAGCUCUCCCAUCCGACUCAACACCAGGACAUUUGGAACGUUCAUCCCUCAGAUUUCCAAGAGUUUCCCUGGUCUGAUGAUGAAACUGCUGGUGAAGACUGUGAAAACUCCCGUCAUCACCUUUGUACCCAAAAACGUCACCACUCAGGCCAGCUGCACAGUGACAGCCUACGCCAUCCAACCCAACACCACACUUUCCCCUCUCUUCAUCCUGAACUUGGAGACCAGUGUCAGCGGCCAGCUGUUUGUCAGUGGCAUGAGGGUGGCUGGAGCUGUCUCCCUCAACAAAAUGGAUCUGACCCUGAGGACCAGUUACGUGGGAGAGUUUCAGGUCAGAUCCCUCGACACCAUCCUGCAGAUGGUCCUCAAAGUGGUGGUGAUACCCAUACUGAAUGUUCAACUUGCGAAGGGAUAUCCACUUCCUGCGAUUGGAAAGAUGAAGCUGGUGAACACUCAGCUUCAGGUCCUGAAGGACUACAUGCUGAUUGGGACAGAUGUUCAGUUUACAGGUUAAACUGCAUUCUUCAAAACUCCCACGACUGCUUUCUGAACUGGAGCACGUUGUUAUGAACGUACAACCACAGCAAGACUACAACCAACUGACUGACUGGUUGAGUGAUACAAGUAUACUUCUCCCACCAACCUGAGAAAUGCAUAAACUGCAUUUGGAUGUCACUCAGGUUGUUUUUGUUGUAUUUUUUUUUUACUUUUACAUAAUUCUGUUCAGUUUUUCUUCAUGAGGGCAGUGAACAUUUUCCACUGCUGCAGUCCUGUCAUACCAGGCCACAGUCUGCAGGACGCCGUGUCAUCUUUUCUGAAAUGAAAGUCUCCUUCCAACGCAGAUCACAGCACUUUCUGUUGCUGACAAAUUCAAUCUCAAAGUUUCUCUGUGGCUCAAAGAGCGAUGGUACAAAUGUGCUGAUCCAUGAUGUUUUUUUAAACUGGUUAAGAGAAUCUCCACAAAAAUUUUUUAUAAAAUAGCCAUCACAUCAAUCAAGCAUAUGGCAAAACAAACUAUUGUUUUUAUUCACAUGGUCCAAAAAAGUUUCAGUAUCCUGUGCAGUUCAAUAUGUACAUACACAUUGAUGGACUGACUGUAUAAAUAACAUCUUACAGGUUUUAGUAGCUCAUCAGAGCAGUCUGGUGUGACUGUAUGAUGAACAAAUGUCUGUGAUGUCCUCAAAUCAAGAGAAGGAGGAUCAUGUCAAGAGUUGGUUUCCUGUCACGUCACCUGAGUCGAUCAGUGGCAGGUUUCAAUCCUGGCCGUGUCCGAGGCCACGCGUGCAUCGACCUGGUGCCUGGUCAGAGUCUCACACUGCUUCACCGAGCCUCUCAGGGAGCUGCCACUGAGGGCUCGACCUCUCAGGCUCUGGGAACUGGCCGACGAUAUCUACAUCAUUAAAGACACAAAUCAUCCAAACAUAAGUGGCAGAAUAAUGAAAUCUGUAAAAACACAACAUAAUACGUUCAGACUGUCAACAUGAUGUCAUCCUGCCACUGACUGACAGAAAAUAUUUUCAUUUUCAUGCUGUCAUCUUUUACCUGGUCCUUUGAUUUCAUGGUUGAUAUAUUUCCCAAAUAGACAUGGAUUUUAUAUGAUUCUAUUAAAGAUGUGCUUUGAACUGAA